CGUGUCUAAAUAAUGCUCUAAAUUGUUUUCUGAUAAAAUUUAAUUUUAAACACAGCUUACUUAUACAGUAUUAUGGAUUUUAUAAACAAUACAAAAUUUACUUAUUAAACACACUACAGUUGUGAUCGUCAUGACUGUUUAUGUUCUUCAUAAAUUAUCACUAAAAACGAGACGUGUAAAACUGCGCAAAAUUUGGAAAAAUUUUCAGGCUUUCAAAAAAUAAAUUAAAAUGGCUUGGUUUGCGGACUUAGCUGGAAAAGCUGAGACACUUCUUAAUAAUUUAGACGAGCAAACAGGAGCAGCCCUACGCAAUCACAAUGUUGUGAAGGCACGUAAACAAGAAAACUCCGAUUUUAUCUUACAUCCAGACCCUUCCUGGAACCAAAGAAAAAGGCCAAUACCACGAAAUUUAAAGAAAAUUUCACCCGUUCCUGAGCCACGUUCAAAUUACACUCCUGCACGAAAGAUUUCUCCUGUACAGAAUUUGAAUAAAUCUCCUGUAAAAGGCAAUCAAGAGCCAGUAAGAAAUGGAGUUGUAAAAACGAAGAAACCCUUAAAAAAAUCUAACCAGUAUACCUUGGACAACUGUCCUGAUACAUUAGUCUGUGAUACUAAAGGAAGCAAUACUGACCAUUUUGGCUUGAGGCAAAGAAGACAUAGUUUGCCAGUUGACCUAGAAAUAGUAAGUGAUGAAGAAUGGACGUACAGAAUGCAAAAUUUGGAAGUUGAAAAUGUGAUGUUGAAAAAUGAACUCAAUGUGUUGAAUAGAGAAGUCGCAGAUUUGCUUGAGAAACUCCGCAAAACACAGGAUGGUAAUAAAGUAGAGAAAGUAGCUAAUGGUCAUGCAGAAUUCAAUAGUAUACAAACUGAAAUUAAAUUGGCUAAGCAAGAAAAUAAUGAUGUUAGUUCUGAAAAAGAUUCAUUGAGAGCUCAACUGGAACAGAUAAAGCGAAAAGUGGAUGAUUUGGUGAACAUUGAAGUUGUUAAUCAUAAAGAGAGGAUUCGGGUUUUGGAAAAUGAGCUGUGUGCGCAAAAGGAUCAAAAUACUGAAUUAGAAGAUAGGUCUGAAUCAAUUAUCAAAUUUGGUAUAGAAGUAAAAGUUUAUAUUCAGGGGAAAAUGUUUGUUUUCAUUUUAUAAUUCAUAGGCAAGUUCAUGACUGACCUGGUGUUAAGUGGU